AUGACGCUGUGUAAAUUGGAAGCAGCCGAAAUGCGCCUGACACGCUGGGGCGCGGCAUUAGGAAUCGACGGGCCCGACGCGAAGCUCGUCAUUGAAGGCGAUUCCGACGAAGAAAAAGUCAAUAAGGCGUACCACUGGCUAAACGAGAUCAAGAGAGCUUUUGACUCUGCGAUGGAGACAUCGCUUAGGUUUACAACUACGGCCAAGCCUGAGAAACUCCAACUUCUUGAGAACGGGGAGCAAAUCCGUAAGGGAAGUAAUGCUCUUCAGAAGCUGCACGAAAAAAUGCGCAAUAUCAGUGAUGAGCGUGUGAAGCCCCGAAAGCGAGACCGAGUCUCAUGGGCGCUGUACCGGAAGGGAAACUACGAGAAUUUAGUCGAAAAUAUCUCCAUGCUGACAAGCAAGCUGGUGGAGCUGUUCCCAUCGGCAGUUGACGCCCAGAAACGGUUAUGUCAAGGCGAGAUUAGAGAGAUAGAACCGGAAAGCCUCGAUCUUCUAGGAAACGCUAUCGGAGAGGAAGAUGAAAUCUUCAAACAGGCGGUAAAGGUCGAGCUUGCAAAGGGACCUAAUCUAUUCACAAACAUCGCAGUGACGGAUCAUUUUAGGGGCCAUUUCGGUAAUAAUAUCGCGGCGGGGGAGGCUUCAGCUGCAAGAGCUGCUGGCGGCAACGCUGUGGCGCAUUUCGGGAGCAAUAUCGGGAAGUACAAGGGGAAGACAGUGUUUGACACUUCUCAAUAA